GGGGCGUUCACCAUCAAAGCUGUGGAUGACCCGAGGACCUUGAACAAGAUCGUGUACAUUAGGCCGCCGGCCAAUACGAUCUGCUUCAACGAUCUUGUUACCUUGUGGGAGAAGAAAAUCGGCAAGAAGCUGGAGAGGAUCUACAUCUCUGAAGAACAGCUUCUCGAGAACAUCCGAGAGUCUGCACCGCCGCUGAAUGUGAUACUGGCAAUCGGGCACUCGGUGUUUGUGAAGGGAGACCAUACCAACUUCGAGAUAGAGCCGUCGUUUGGAGUUGAAGCGUCGGAGCUUAAACCUGAUGUUGAGUACUCGACUGUGGAUGAGUAUCUUACCCAGUUUGUCUGA